AUGGCGGGCGAGGCGUCGAGCGGGGAAGGCUUCGGUGGCGCCGACAGCGCAGAGGCCAUCGAGCUGGACAAACGCAUGUCGCAGGCCUUCAUGGCCUUCAACUCGGACGCCCACAAGCACGCCACCACGGGCACGCUGAUUCAGGCAUGGCGGCCGCGCACGGACGUCUCCGGCGCGGUGUACCUGGAGACCAAGGGGCUGCCAGUGUCCAUCUACGGCAUGGGCGACAUGCUGGCGCAGUUCCGCUACCUGUGCUGCUCCAGGCGGUUCUCUCCCGUGGUGCCCGACGAGAUGGGCGUGGUGGGGCGAGUGUUCUCCACCGGCAAGCCGGAGUUCUGCGGCGACGUGCAGACGUUCAAGGAGCCCGCGUACCUGCGGGCCCAGGAGGCCGCCUCGUGCAACCUGCACUCGAUGUGCGCGGUGCCGGUGUACAGGGGCUGCGAGCGCGGCGAGGCGGCGGCGGUGGUGGAGCUGCUGUGGCACGACAAGGACGUGCCCUUCGGGACCGCCAUCACGCGAUUGCAAUCCUGCUUUGAGACAGUGGGACUUUACACAACGGACAUGGACAUCUCUGCCAUCACGAUGGGGCUCAACAUGGUGUCCCUUGACGAUGGCAAGCCAGGAAGCUGA